GGGAAACGUCACACUUGGACAUCACAAUUUGUCCAUAAGUUGUUUUGUUUUUGAAGCCUUUCUGCCGGUUACGGUUCAGCCGUGUAGUUUUUGUCAUAUUAAACAUAACAGUCUCGGUUUUUAAUUUAUUUUUUGCUUUUAUAAAGAUGAUUGAGGUGGUGGCCUCCAUGGCUCGUGGGCCUGUGUUCCUGGCUGGAGAAGUGCUGGAGUGUCUCAUCACCUUCACUAAUCCAAUAUCCCAUCUCUCCACUAGUGCAAGCAGUGAGAUGCUUGCAUGGGCUAGUGCUCAGAUCCACUGCCAGUUCCACGCCAGUGAGAGCCGUGUGGCUCUGCCCACUCAGGGCACCAAGCAAGAUGUGCAGGCAGAAAAUGACACUGUGCUCAUCCCCAGCAGAGGAGAGCGAGGCCAGUGCAUGCUGGACACUCCGCCCAAGAUCCUGUUCUGUGACCUGCGGCUAGACCCUGGAGAGAGUAAAACCUACACUUACAGUGAGCUCGUUCCCACGGACGGCCCUCCUAGUUUCCGUGGUCAGGCGGUGAAGUAUGUAUACAAGCUCACGAUUGGUUGUCAGAGGGUCAACUCUCCAAUCAAGCUGUUGCGUGUCCCCUUCAGAGUGCUCGUUCUGCAUGGCAUGCCUGAGCCCCCUUUCCUACAGGAUGAGGAAGUGUCACCCACAAACCCCUUCCUGGAAGAGGAGGAGGGAGGAAGAAGAGACACAAGACCUCUGGAGCGAGCACUAGACAUGCUGAUGAUCACUACCUCACGCCGCUGUCCACAUCUGUUUAAUAUCACUAACAUGCGAGGGAAGGUGGCCAAAUUCUGUAUCUUUAAGACUGUGUACAGACUAGGAGAGGACAUCAUUGGCACAUUUAACUUUUCAGAGGGAGAUAUCCCAUGUCUACAGUACUCAGUGAGUCUGCAGAGCGAGGAGGAGGUCCAUGAGCAGUAUCAGAGGCGACCAGCUCAGGCGGUCAGUGUCACAAGUCAUGGACGGCAUCUGGAGUCCUGCCUCCACACGGCCUCCAGCCAUUUCUCCCUGCCUGUUCCUCUCAACGUUACACCCGGUUUCAGCACUGACAUUGUAAGCCUAAGAUGGCGCCUACACUUUGAAUUCGUCACAGCAAGAGAGCCAGUGGAGCUGCCUACUGUUCUUCAGAACCAAUCAGAAGUCACCGUAUGGACCGGGGCAGAGCAGGUGGAUGUGGACACCUUCAGCUGGGACCUGCCAAUCAAAGUGCUUCCCACCAAUCCGGCACUUGCUUCAUAUGUUUCUCAGUUCACAGGGACAAACAGUAUCAAUAUCUGAAUUGAUCGUGUGUGCGUGUGUGUGCGUGUGUGCGUGUGCGCGCGUGUGUGCGCGCGUGUGUGCGCGCGUGUGCGCACGUGUGUGCGCGCGUGUGUGCGCGCGUGUGCGCGCGCGUGUGUGUGCGCGUGUGUGCGUGUGCGUGUGAUUUUCCUUUAUCUGGAUUUACAGAUCAAAACCAGAAGAAUCAUGUUUCUGGUCUUUUAUUUGUCUUAUCUUGUGUGUGUAUGUGGACCUGAUUUUAACAUUUCAGGCAUUAACAUGGGACCUCUUCCGUAUUUAUUGUGUUUCUGCCUGGUGCGCUAAUGUACACUUUAUUAUGAGCAUUCGUGCAGUUAUCUAAUCAGCCAAUCAGGUGGCAAAAGGACAAUGCAAAUACAGAUCAAGAGCUUCAGGUAAUGUCCACAGUAAUGUGAUCGAACAUAUCUGAAUAUGCCGGAAAAGUUAUAUAAGCGACUAGGUACCAAGAACUGUGGCUUGUUGGCACCAGAUUGAAAACUGCUGAUAUCCUGUAAGUUUCACACACAAGUGUCUUUAGAGUUUACACAGAAUAGUGUACACAUGAUUGGGUGAUGGAUUAACUGCAUGAAUUGGCAGAUGUACAGAUGUUCAAAUUAAAGCUAAGUGUUUAUGAUUUUAUAUGAAUUCCCUACUGCGGACCUGCUCUGUUUUACUGUUUGUGUAUACAUACACAAACCUUUCCUUUCAGUGUGCAUUUCUUUACAAGCUGACAGAUUCUCUGUU